CCUGCCCCUGGCAUCUGCGAGAAAAGGAACUGGGUGAGGGCUCUCGGGGCUACAUCCUGAGUCCCAGAUGUCCUCCUCGCUGUUGGAUGACCCCGCUCCCCUCCAGCACGCGGCCACCCCAGGGCACAGCCGUCUCGGCGCAGCCCCUCUGGGCAGUGACCACGAGAUCCUCUACAUCCUCGGGGCGGCUCCGAGGAGCAUGCAGCUUCCCUGCCCCGGGGCGGGCCAGGGCUCUGUUUGAAGAGAUCACCCUGGAGACGCGCUUAGGAGUCUGGGGGAGUGCGCUGCGCCCAGGGGCAGAGGGAGGCGCGCGUCCAGCCGUGGACGAGCCCGAGGUCUGGGAGGCCCGAGCCGAGCUGCGCCGACAAUUCCAGCCCUGCCGUGGGUUCUGAUAAUGUCAGACGCUGCUCCAGGCAGAGCAGCUCAUUCAUUAAAGGCAAGAGGGAGUGUGUCUUCUCUGAGCACCCAUGAAUUCAGGCCUAAGGAACUCCAUGGACAUACCAAAGACUCUCUGAGUACUGUGUCUUACGUGGAUGAGCCUAGCCAACGUGAUGAUGCCUCGCGCCUCACGGUUCAAAUGGAAAACACCUAUCAGCUGGGUCCUACCAAACAUUUUCCUGUGGUCCUUGUCAACCAUAUUCUGAAAGAUGUGUUAACUAACUAUCUACAAGAAGAACAGUAUGAACCGGAGCUCUCUAGACAGAUGACUAAAACCAUUUCUGAGGUUAUUAAAGGCCAGAUCAAGGACUUGAUGAUUCCCCGGUAUAAGCUAAUUGUGAUUGUUCACAUUGGACAACGGGAGAGUCAGAGCAUACUGAUUGGAAGCAGAUGCCUCUGGGAUCCUAAAAGAGAUACCUUUUCAUCUUAUGUUUUCAGAAAUUCUUCCCUCUUUGCUCUUGCAAAUGUCUAUGCAGUUUACUUGGAGUGAUUGAAAAUAAGAAAUCUAGUUCUUACUUUUUUUUAAUCAAGAAAUAGGUUGUAUUUAUGUUGCAAGUUUUAUUGCACAAAAUUUUGAGAAAGAAGCAACAUUAAUAUUUAAAAGAACUGGCAUUUGGGGCUUUGUUAGACUUGUAAGGACUGGGGGAGAGGAAGGUGGCACAAGAAACUUGUUUUCCAAAGAAGGAACUAAAUCUUAGUUCUGCAGAGUUGUUUUUCAUAGACAUAGAUUAUUAUUAAAUAUUACUUUGGUACUAAUUAUCUUAAUUACUCUUCAAUUAGAGAGCUAGAAUUUCCUUCAUAGAAAGGCUUUUUUUAAAAAAAAAUUUAUGGCUAUAUGCUCUGACCAAGAAAUGGUAGAAUAUUCAAUAUGGUAUAUGCAAAUGAUAAAUGUUAAUAUGUCUCAGUGCUGCCUAUAAAACAAUACUGGUUUUCAUUUUGUACUUAAUAAAUUGAGCAGCAUUCAUUAACUGCAAUUAUUGUUACGUGUACCUGACAGCUGAAACUGCUGAGGUAGAAUUAAUGAUUUCAUAACAAUUAUCAUAGUCCCACAGGGCUGCUAGCUAAAACUAGAAGCUCUUGUGGGUUGCCUGCACUUUACAAAAUUGUGGGAGAAAUGAAUGUUGGCUCUUUAAUAAUGGAAACUAGUGAACAAAGGCUUUUUAGGGUACUGAAGUAGACGUUGUAAUAUUAAAUAUACAUGAUGUACCUGUAACACAUAAAAUCAUGAUUGAAAGAGGCACUGCUUUCAAAUAUACACUGCCUUAUGUGCCUUUUGAAUAGGUUUUCCUAGGUAACAAACUUUUACACACAAUAUAUGGCUGGUAGCUUAACACAUAAAACAUCUGUAUUUACUGUUUUUGUUCCUACGAAUUUAAUACUAAAGUGACUCAGUGCUGUUUUGAAUGGAUGGCACUAAAAUUUACAGGGCUGGAAUAGCUUAUUAUCCUGCUGGUUAAUGUAGCUUGUACCAUGGAUCAUUCCUUUUUAUGGAGCUUUCAACCCUUUGUGUGCAUGUAAAAUGAUGCCGUGGCACUGUUCUUGGACGGUAAAUGGAUGGCCUAGAGGACAUUUGUGAAAGGCCAAAGACAAAUUGUACACAUAUGGAGAAAAUUAGCAAUGCCUUAGUCCUAAGGAAAAAAUGAUGUAUAAUUCAUUUCAAAAAAAAUUUAACAAAUGGGAAACAGUCAGUGCUUUAUAGUUUUAAAAUACAUUGAUGUCUUAUUUUUCCCCAAAAUGAACUGUAAAAAAUAAAUGUAUACUUUUUAAAUCCCUCUCCUUCUGCUUAUUCUGGCUUUUAAGGUAGGUUUUCAAAAUGAAUUAGUCAAUUUUCAUUAUUUUUUCUGUUAGUGCCUGAGUGGAAUAUGUCUGUGUAAUAAUUUAUCACAACCAGUAUUUGUCAACCUCCGUAGCCCACUUUUGAAUCUGGAUUAGAUCAUAAAUAAGUGAGUAAAUGAGGUUCGUAUUUUCAUUACUCAUUUGUGAACAUAUCCCCUCUUGGAACAAUAGCAGGGGCAAUUAACUAGCAAUUUUACAUGAAUAAAUCAGAAUGAAGAAAUUUCUUUAGUAUGUAGAAAGUCCAUUAUAAAAAUGGCUUCAUUUUUUUUUUUAGAGUUCUAAAAUCUUGUCCAUGAGAUAAUUUCUUCCCAUCUGUCCUAGGCUGUGUAGGAAUCAAAACCUUAAAGCAUGAUGUCAAUUAAAAAGCAAGAAAGGAAGCGGUUUGCCAACAUAUUGCCAUGUACUGUAAUUCAAAAAUGAUGAAUUCUAAGCAAUUACAUUGCAGUAUAAGAAUAUACAGUAGAAAUUCACUAAUUGUGACUCAGAAGCAUGCUGGUUAUCACAAAAAACAUUGUGAUAGGACAUUUUUGUGGAUUUGUUAGCUAACCAUGAUGGCAUCAUAUUGCCAUAUAUGAAUGUAUCAAAUCAACAAUGUUGUACAUCUUAAACGUAUCAAUGUUAUGUCAAUUAUAUCUCAAUUUUUAAAAAUAAAAA